AUGAUUUGGUGUAUGACUAUGUUAAUGGAUUUAUCCAAUGGUCAUUUACUGAUAAAGGAAGAAAAAAAUUUUCGGAAAUUAGUGAAUUUGAUUCAUUCUACAACAACAAAUGAUUUCAAUCUAUGUACAAUUCAUUCACAUCAAUUGCAAUAUUUAUUAUAUACUACUUAUAAUACUACUAAUACUACUACUACUACUACUUAUGAUAAUUAUAUUCUAUCAGCAGCAGCAGCAGUAGCGUCGUCAGGAUCAUCAGCAGAAGGAUCAGGAUCAUCUACCACGAUUAAUUUAAAUGAAACAUUUUAUCCAAUAUUUCUUCAUUUAAUAAUACAAAACUGUUUAACACAAAAUUUCUUACAUGAUAUAUAUAGUUAUAUACAGAUUAUAAGGAAUUUCAAUCGUUGGCAUAGCAACAACCACUAA